AUGGCUUACCUCCACGUCAAAGAACUGUUGGAAAGCAUCGCCCAACACGCCGACAAGAGGUGUUUUGUGUAUGCUAUCGCUUCACCGGAUGAAACUGGUCAAAGCUGGUGCCCUGAUUGCCGUCGAGUCCAGCCAUCUGUCGACGAGGCUCGGAUGAAACUGCCUGAAAAUGCAAUGUGGUUUGAUGUGCAUACUGGCGACAGACCAACGUGGAAAGAUCCUCAAAACGAAUUCCGCGUAUGUUCCGAACUAAACAUUCAGAAAGUACCUACACUUUUGGAAUUUGGAACCGAUCGUCGACUUACGGAAAACCAGGUUACUCUCUCAAAUAUGUUGGAUAUUAAACUCUACUCUAAUCACUUACUUCUGAUGUGUCUCAGUAUGUAUGCUGGCCGCAUUGAUACCAGCCGUCAUCAAUGUCACAGAUGGCCUGGAUCUCCAGCACGUCCUUUCGAUCCCGCCCCUGGACGAGAGCAUAGCCUAGCAGCUACCAUCCCUAUGAACCCAGGGAGGGAGUUUAGGGGUGUGUGCAUUCAUGUGGACUUCUGCUGCGUCGAAUGGCGGUGGAAGGUAUACCGUGCAGGUUCGCAGAAGAAGGAGGCCAUUCUCGUUAGAACCGCCCAGACCGUGGGGACCCAGCACUCCCUGUCAAAGGGCGUGUUCUAUCCCGACAGAAGCGUUGAAGUCGCCAAGGAACACGAUAUUGGGGGUGGGGGUGUAGACGCUGAGGGUCAUGCCGAAUGUGGGUCCCCGAAGAGGCAGUCGGUCGUUGAUGCACUGCGACAAACAGGCUAG